CCGCGUCAGACGAGGAGGUGAACACACCGAGCGCACCCAGCGGGGAGGCGCACGGUGAGUGACGCGCGGCGAGGGAGAGGCAGCUGUUUCGCGUUGCCCCGAUAAUGCGCAAGAUGGGUUAAAAUGCGUGUUGUGAGAUAAUUUAUUAUUCGCGUUGGAUGUGCGCACCUCGAUAGAUGGUUGUCGGUUCAACGCCCGCCGUGCCGCAGCAGGACGCACUCAGCGGGACAUCUGAUGGGAAUGGGGGAGAGAUGUGGUGAGGCGGGGGACGUCACCGGGGUCGGGGGAGAGAGAGAGAGCCGCACCGUUGGGUAGUCGCAUCUUUUAUUACAGCGCAAUACACCAAUAAUAACCUGGACACACAGUCCACCGGGGCGAGCGACAUGGCCUCGAACGGGACCCCCGCGGCGGCGCCCGGGAUGGGUGAGAUCAUCCAGCUGAACGUCGGCGGGACUCGGUUCAGCACCUCGAGGCAGACGUUGAUCUGGGUUCCGGACUCCUUCUUCUCCAGUUUGCUGAGUGGCCGGAUAUCAACACUAAGGGAUGAAACUGGAGCUAUCUUCAUCGAUCGCGACCCCACCGCUUUUGCACCCAUCUUGAAUUUUCUCAGAACCAAAGAGUUGGACUUGCGAGGGAUGACCAUCAGCGUUCUGCGUCAUGAAGCAGAGUUCUACGGUAUAACUCCUCUAGUGCGUCGUCUGCUGCUGUGUGAGGAGCUCGACCGCUCGUCUUGUGGCAGCGUCCUCUUCCACGGCUACCUCCCGCCUCCAGUCGUCCCGGCCCGUAAGUGGAGCUCCGCCUCCCCGGCGCCCGGCCCCAGUCCCGAAGACCGACCCGCCCCCACCGGGGCGGAGGGGGGCUUCAACCGCACCGGCCCCUCCACGCACCCCUCACUCCCCGCCCCCCCGCAUCCCGAAGACGACAGCCAGCGCCUGGGGCCUGUGAUCGACCCCAGGAAGGUGCUGAUCAUAACCGGACACCACAACUGGAUCGUCGCCGCAUACGCUCACUACGUCAUCUGCUACAGGAUCAAGGAGUCCUCCGGCUGGCAGCAGGUCUUCUCCUCUCCCUACCUCGACUCCACCAUCGAACGCAUCGCGCUCAACGCCAAGGUGGUGGGUGGUCCCCAUGGCGACAAGGACAAGAUGGUGGCAGCCGCCUCGGAGAGCAGCAUCAUCCUCUGGAGCAUCCAAGAUGGAGGCAGCGGCAAUGAGAUCGGGGUCUUCAGUCUGGGUGUCCCAGUAGACAGUCUGUUCUUUAUUGGGAACCAGUUGGUGGCUACCAGCCAUACUGGUAAGGUGGGCGUCUGGAACGCAGUGACGCAACACUGGCAGGUAAAAAACAUGAUACUGCUAUUAUUGUUUUCCUUAUAA